UGAACCGGAUAUCCGCUCUGUUAUCCGGGUGACGAGGGACUUCACCACACGUGGAAUUGGACGGAAAAAACUUGCAAACGUUGAGUUUUUUCGAUAAAAAUCAACCAAUAUCGAUAUUUUUUCAUUUUUCUGAAGCUACAAGACAAGUUUUCGUCGCCAUGUUUCUGCAGUUUUAUCUCAACGAGAACGGAGACAGAGUCUACACUCUGAAGAAGGUGAAUCCUGACGGGCAGCCCACCAGCUCAGCUCACCCGGCCCGCUUCUCCCCAGACGACAAGUUCUCCCGACAUCGGGUGAUGGUGAAGAAACGCUUUGGCAUUCUCCUCACCCAGCAGCCCAGACCUGUCCUGUGAGAGAGAGAGAGAGAGAAAGAGAGAGAGGGAGGAAAGAGAGAGAUGAAUGAAGGUGAACAUGGGACUGCAAAGCAAAGACCAAGGAAACUACUGGCCCAGACUGGAGGGACUGUUCAUGCUCUGGAUAUCAGCUGUCGUUGAUGUUAAGGAUCUUUUUUAUUUGCUGUAAUCUGUUGACAUUGAUUUUUGUUCUUUUGUUUUCACUCUGAAUAAACGUUCAGGUGAAGGUUGA